GGCGGCGAUCGUGAGAGGCCUGGGUUGCCGGUCCUCGAGCAGACCCGGCGUCGCCGUCGUUUUCUGCCGCUGUCCAGUUACCUUUGACUGCCAUAUAUGGAUUCCCAAAAAUCUCUGAAGGAGACAGUCCUCGUUACGGGAGGAGGUGGCUAUUUUGGCUUCCGCCUAGGCUGUGCUCUGAAACAGAAGGGAGUCCGUGUGAUUCUGUUUGACAUCAGCAGCCCUGCUCACACCAUUCCAGAAGGAAUCAAGUUUAUACACGGAGACAUCUGCCACCUCUCUGACAUAGAGAAAGCCUUCCAGGAUGUGGAUGUCGCUUGUGUGUUCCAUAUUGCCUCUUACGGUAUGUCAGGGCGCGAGCAACUGAAUCGAAACCUGAUUGAAGAAGUGAACGUGGUGGGCACAGACAACAUCCUCCAGGCUUGCAGGAGGCGAGGGGUGCCAAGGUUAGUUUACACUAGCACCUUCAAUGUCAUCUUCGGAGGUCAAGUUAUCAGAAAUGGAGAUGAAUCUCUGCCUUACCUACCUCUUCACCUCCAUCCUGAUCACUACUCUCGAACCAAAUCUGUUGCAGAGAAGAAGGUGCUGGAGGCCAAUGGUACAGCCCUGGAAAGGAGUGAUGGGGUCUUGAGAACCUGUGCUCUGAGGUCUGCUGGCAUCUAUGGGCCUGGAGAACAAAGGCACCUCCCCAGGAUAGUAAGCUACAUUGAGAAGGGCCUGUUCAAGUUUGUGUAUGGAGACCCCAAGAGUCUGGUUGAAUUUGUCCAUGUGGAUAACUUGGUACAGGCUCACAUUCUGGCUUCAGUGGCCCUGAAAGCUGACAAGGGCCACAUUGCCUCUGGGCAGCCCUACUUCAUCUCAGAUGGCAGACCUGUGAACAACUUUGAGUUCUUCCGGCCUUUGGUUGAGGGCCUGGGCUACAACUUCCCAUCCAUCCGCCUGCCCUUGACUCUCAUCUACUACUUUGCUUUCCUAACCGAGACGGCCCACUUCAUUCUGGGUCGACUGUACAACUUCCAGCCCUUCCUCACCCGCACCGAAGUUUACAAAACCGGCGUCACACAUUACUUUAGCCUAGAGAAAGCCAAGAAGGAGCUAGGUUAUGAGGCUCAGCCAUUUGACCUCCAGGAAGCAGUAGAAUGGUUUAAAGCCCGUGGUCAUGGCAGAAGUCCUGGAAGUCGUGACUCUGAGUGUCUUGUUUGGGAUGGGCUGUUGGUCGUACUCUUGGUUAUAGCGGUUCUCGCAUGGCUGCCGCCUUCUGUGAUUCUGUCAGUGUGAAGGAGGAGCUAGAAAUAAGGAGCUGAUCACACUUGCUGAGAUGGUUUUCAAGAAACACAGGUUUGGGACUUGGUGGUGCAGUGGUAAAGAAUCCGCCUGCCAGUGCAGGGGACUCGGGUUCAAGCCCUGGUCCAGGAAGAUCCCACAUGCCAUGGAGCAACUAAGCCCGUGCGCCACAACUACUGAGCCUGCACUCUAGAGCCCUCGAGCCACAACUGCUGAGCCCGCGUGCCACAACUACUGAAGCUCGUGUGCCUAGAGCCCAUGCUCUGGAACAAGAGAAGCCACCGCAGUGAGAAGCCUGCACACUGCAACAAAGAGCAGCCCCUGCUCGCUGCAACUAGAGAAAGCCUGCGUGCAGCAACGAAGACCCA